AUGGAUGCACAAGCAGGCUCUCAUGCAACGGUCGCACGCUCCGAUGUCGAUAUUGCCAACCGUGGCGCGGCUGAUUUUUUGAGACUUUAUUAUCGGGCGUACGACGCACCUUACAGGACGGAUACGGUACCAAGGUUCUACCGCCCCACAUCAAAUAUAACAUGGAACGGAACGCCUGUAUCUGGGACGGACGAGAUGCGACAGCUCUUGGAGGCCAUGCCUCGCUCGGACCAUGAUGUACAGUCAUACGAUUGCCAUCCUAUACCUGGUUCGAGUGUUCCUGGGCCACAACCACGCCCACCCUCGUUGCUGGUAACAGUGACAGGAACCGUGCGGCACGGUCCACCGCCCCAGCCCAAUCCAGCAACAGCAGCCAAAAAACCAGUUUUCGAUAAUGAGCCAAGGGUGUUUAAUCAGACGUUUAUUCUUAUUCCCGACGAGACUGCUGCGGGUGGCGAACCCAAGUAUUUUGUCAAGGCAGAUUCGUUGCGUUUUGUCGGAUGA